AUGGCUAGUAACGCAGCUAAGAUGACGCGUAUUGUAUGUAUCAGUGACACACACUCACGUUAUGGAUUUACACUGCCGGCUGGUGAUAUUCUUGUCCAUGCAGGUGACUUUUCUAUGACAGGCGAGCAGAGUGAAAUUGAAAGUUUCAUCACUUGUCUCAAAUCUCUGACUCAAUAUCGAUUAAAAAUAUUUAUUGCCGGUAAUCAUGAUAUGACAUUACAACCGGCUUUUUAUGAAAAGAAUUGGGAGCGAUGGCAUCGAGGACGAAAACAAAAUUAUGAAUUGAUUAAUCGACUUGUACGUGACCCAUCGUUAAUAACUAACUACGGAAUUAUAUAUCUGGAAGAUCAAGAAUUCGUUGACAAAGUUACUGGUUUGAAGUUUUAUGGUAGUCCCUAUCAACCAGAAUAUCAUAACUGGGCCUUUAAUUUGCCGAUCAAUAGUAUCGAAAUUAAAAAUGCUUGGUCUCGAAUUCCGAAAGAUGUGGAUAUUCUUCUCACACAUGGUCCACCUACAAAUAUUCUUGAUGAAAAUACUGCAGGCAUACGUGUUGGUUGUGCUCAAUUACUUGCACGUGUCAUAGCAAUUAGACCUCGUUUACACGUCUUUGGUCAUAUCCAUGAAGCAUACGGACGAAUAGAUCAAGGCUUGACCACAUUUGUAAAUGCAUCAACUUGUAAUCAACGCUACGAACCUGUCCAACCACCUAUUGUGGUAGAUCUAGAAAUGAAAGUAUCACGAUAA